UUUGUCCUUGUUGGGCUUCCUUCCUUCCACGGCGUGGCUUUCAAUGACAUUUUGAGCUUUCGUAAGACAUCUCUGUUUUGCAGCUUUAAUCAUGUCGUUAGCUUUUUUAUUCAGAAGCGUUACAAGAGAAGCCGUAAAGGCCAGCAUCGGUCAGCCUGUGCGGUGUUUGCACUCUGGAUGUCAGCUGCUGGCUGCUGAUAAAGCCUUGCUGAUGAAACUGAGGAAAAACACCGGCUACACCUUCAUCAACUGCAAGAAAGCGCUGGAGAAGUUUGAGAAUGACAUAGCACAGGCUGAAGCCUGGCUGCACGAGCAGGCCCAGAAAGAAGGCUGGAGCAAAGCAAGCAAGCUGGAGGGUCGCAGAGCCAAAGAGGGUCUGAUCGGCCUGUUUGUGGGGAAUCAGACUGCAGCCAUGGUGGAGGUGAACUGUGAGACAGACUUUGUUGCUCGUAAUGAGAAGUUCCAGCAACUGGUGAAGGAUGUGACCUUAGCUACACUGACUCACCAUCAGAAUAAAAAUCAAAGCCAGACAGGAUAUGUAAAGAGUUUCCUGUCUGGUGACGAGUUGAGUAAACUCAGUAUGAAAGAAGGAUCUUCAUUAGCUGACCACCUGGCUCUCACAAUAGGUCGCCUUGGUGAGAACAUGGCUCUGAGGAGGGCAGUGAUUCUGGGGGUCCCUUCUGAGUGGCACAUAGGUUCCUAUGUGCAUGGCAACAUCAGCGGCCAGACCGAGGUGGUGAUGGGCCGCUACGGCGCUCUGGUCAUAUUCCAGGGUGGGAAGGAUGGAGAACGGGAUACUUUAGGUCGUAAACUUGGACAGCACAUCGUGGGGGAGGCCCCUUUGUCCCUGGGCAACAUGGAUGACCUGCCUUGUGGUGAAUCUGAGACACGGCUACUGCCUCAGACCUUUCUGGCAGACCCUAGUAGGACUGUGGCGCAGUUCCUCAAGGGUCAAGAGGCCCGAGUGUUGGACUUUGUUCGAUUUCAGUGUGGAGAGACACUGGAAAAAGAAUAGAGGAAAUCCCGUAAUGAUUCUCUAAUGUGCUUUUUAAUGUGCUUUAAGACUGAGUGGUAUCACACAUGAGAUGACAGAAUAAUGUAAAAAAAAAUAAAAUAAAAAAAUGUAUGUGGAGAUGAGGAAAUAAAAACAUGUAACGAUGAA